CGAGCAGAAGCGCGUGGGUCACAUCUGUGACACCCGACUGUUCGUGCGCCACCGCUGGGGGACGCUGGUGGUAGGGCACGAAGUGAGGAGCCGCUCUGUUGUCGGGGGAAAACGUCUCCAAUAUCUCACUUUUUCUUGUUGUCAAACGUCUGUUCUUGUAUUCCCAAGUGCGGCCGUGCUCCAGAUCAACCCGGGUGUAGCUCCCGUGAAGCUUGGCCGAUUCCGUUCCCCAGGAUUUAACGAGAUCCCCUCACGGCUCCCCCCGAGGCUGUUGCAAGCGUGGUCGGGAGCCCUGCUGGUGAGCCAGUUGCGUUUGGUCACUUCUCGCAAUUCGCCUUUCCCAUCUUCCCAAAACUAAGCACAAUGGCUCGUCCUACUCGCGGGACCCUCUUUCUCUUCUUCGCCUGUCUCCUCAUCCCGCUUUGUUUCGUGGCCGCACACGAGGCUGUUUCCGGCGUGGAGACGGAAUCUCUCUCGGCUGCAGAGGGAGGGGGUGAGAACACCAAAACGAAUGACGGUAGCGCAGAGGAGUUGGCGGGUGACAAAGACGGAGACAAAGUCCUUUCCAGGAGAUCGAGCCGCACCGGGCGCCUUGCCAAGCAGUUCUCGCCCGCGCUGAAGAACAAGAGCGCGGUCAUUGGUGCGUCAGCCUUAACUGCUUUGCUCCUCGUCUUUCUCACAGCAGUGUUGCUCAGCUCCGGAGGCAACGGCGUCCUCGCCUCCCCGGAGAAGGCGCAGGGCUCCCGGAUCGCAGGUCUCAACUCCAAGACCGUGGCAGGUGCCGCCGUCCUCAGCGCCGCUGCAGCUGCCGCCGUCUCCUACUACUUAGGAGCUCCGGAGAAGCUCUGGAGCAUCGUCGCGGACUCGUCUUCGUAGUGAACGCGAUACGCAAAAAAACUGCGUUCGGUCUCUUGUAUAUACAGUUGUUCCGGGCAAAGGAGAACGUGUUUUGUGACGCCCUAGGCUGAUGUCACCCUGGCGAAGAUUAACCCAACAUGGCGCCUCGGUACUCGUCGUGUGGCGCCGUAGUCUGUGCAAGCUGUGGCGGGAUGGCGUAGCCCUAAAUCACGCAAAGGUGCACGGAUUGCUUCCAGUGUGGCGGGUAUCAAACGCCAACUCGUGUGGUUGCAUCCGGUGUUCGGAUUUGUGGGGAAAAAAGCCCCAGAGAUAUAUCUCCGGCAAGUAAAGAACACACCGCCUGCGGUGUUUGAGCGGAGAGUGCGUUGAUUCGGCGUACAGCGGGCGGUGUGUUGACUCAGCCCGGGGGCGUCGGUCUCUUGACAGUCUUUUUGAGUGAUGAGAUUCCUGCUAAUUCGGGCAGUCGUGGCGCUAAAAGAGUCAAUCUGUGUCCCGUCCAGCGCGUCGAUUCUCCAACCUUCAAGGUGCAGUUGAUGCGCCUGAACUUUCAGACCGACUUUCUGUGCCACAGUUUUCUUCUUCAAAGAGAAAUGCCAAGUGUCAGUAUAUAGCCGACGCAUGUGCUUUGGGAGGUAUCUCGAAUGUUCAGUUUGACGAAUUCUGCGUUCCUACACACUGAACGUUCUGCGUGCAUCUGGUUCCUUGAUCCAUAUGGUUUGAUGUUCACAGCUUAUCGACACCGUAUGAAGGCAGCUGUCCAUACCUGUGUAACAUGCUUUUUUAAGUAAAACAAGAGAAACCCGGCUACCGCAAAUGAUGAGCUGCCC